UAAUGCUCAAUAUUUCAUUUUCUACAUUCUUUCAACAAAAAUAUGGCAUCUCUUACACCAGGGCUGCUCUUGAAACUACUUAAAACCAUUAAUUCGAACAUAAAAGUUCGCGGUGAACACCGGUCAAUCCUCUUGCAAGUGAUCAGCAUUGUGCCAGCUCUAAACGGGUCCGAACUAUGGCCAAACCACGGGUUUUUCAUCAAAAUAUCUGAUUCAUCACAUGCGACGUAUGCAUCGCUUUCGAAAGAUGACAACGAGCUCAUUUUGAACAAUAAACUACAAUUGGGCCAAUUCUUUUGGGUCGACAGAAUGGAUGCGGGCACUCCAGUGCCUGUUUUAGUCGGGGUGAGGCCCGUUCCGGGCAGACAUCCGUUUAUUGGGAACCCGAAAGAUUUGAUGCAAAUGUUGGAGCCAUCUCAAGCUAUGAAAUCAAGUGGAGUGGAGGAAGCUAAACCAAACCAAACAAAAAAGAAAAUUGUGAUUAAAGAAGAGAAAGCUAGUGUCGCUUCAAGGUAUAUGCAAGGCGUUGUGGCGAAAAAUGAUGGUCUAAAGAAGGAUGAAAAUGAGAGAAAUGGCACAAUGAAGGGCAGACUACAUGAUAUAAAAGAUCAAGCACACGCGAUAACAAGUUUACAGAAGUCUUGUGAUGCAUUAAGGCUGCAUGGAGGAACAGAACCGUUGAAAACGAAGCAAGAAAACAUUAACUCAAACUCGACGCAAAGAAGGAGGGAUAAAAACCAUUCUUCCGAGACGCUUUCAUGGUCUUCGUUGCCUCCUAAACUUGUAAAUCUUGCCAAGGUAAUAAUAAGAAGACGAACCUUAGCUUCUCGCGCGGCAGCAGAAGCUCAAAAGGAAGCAAUAACAGCCGCAAAUCUUGUCAAAUGUGUCGAAAUGUUUGGCGAACUCCGUUCAACCACAUCACACACAAAGCUUCACGAGUCUCUGGCCAAGUUCUUUUCACUAUACGGAAUGAUAGAGCAAGAAAAUGCCGGUAGUGCCUCCACAAAGGACCACUUGCUUCAGUUUUCAAGUAGCUCACCAGCAUCAGAAACCGCAAGCAAAUCUGACAAAAAGACCGGGCUGGUUCGAGGUAAGAGCACAAAAAAGAGCCAAAAGGCUUCAAUGGAGCUAAGUGUUGGCGAAAAGUUAGAAUGGGCAAAUGGAGAUGGUUUAAAACAUGGAAAAGAGCUAAGAGAGAUUCUAUUAGACGAAACACAGUCUUGGUUUCUAGAAUAUCUAGAAAGAGCACUUGAUGUCGGGUUUCAGAUGGGAAAUCUAGAAAGCGUGAAAGGGAAAGGGAAACAUCAUCACAAUAACGUUGCAAGCAAAACUGAACCGAAUAGUCAGAUUGCUGUGACGUUGUCUCAACUGAAGCUCGCAAACGAGUGGCUUGAUAAUCUAAGAAACAAUAAGAUGAUGUUAGAGAAAAAAGAUCAUGUGGAGACUAUUGAUCGUUUGAAGCAAAAGAUAUAUUCUUGUUUGCUUGUUCAUGUGGAUUCUGCUGCAUUAGCUCUAGAAAACAAAUCAGAACGUGUGUAACAUCAACUACUGAGCUUAAUUUAUUUAUUCAAAGUAAUUUAUAUAUGUGGAUAUCAUAUAUGUUGUUAACAUAAUUUAUAUAUACAGAUGUUGAAAUGUUGAAUAAAUAAUUAAAUUUAAGACAUAUAUGAGUGUGCA